GUCUUGUGAGUCUCCCAACGAACAUUUGGAAGUUGAAAUCUCUAAAGAGCCUUGAUCUCGAGGAUUGUUCUAACUUUCAAAACUUCCCAGAAAUCUCAGAGGUUAUGGAAUAUCUAGAGUUUCUAAAUUUAUCAGGUACAGCGGUUAAAGAGCUACCCCCAUCAAUUAGAAAUCUAGUUGCGCUUCGAAAAUUAGAUCUCGAGUGCUGCGAUAACCUUGAAUCUUUACCAGAGCUCCCCCCAUCACUGAAGGCAAUUAAUCUCCGGUAUUGUUCUAACUUUCAAAACUUCCCAGAAAUCUCAGAGGUUAUGGAAUAUCUAGAGUUUCUAAAUUUAUCAGGUACAGCGGUUAAAGAGCUACCCCCAUCAAUUAGAAAUCUAGUUGCGCUUCGGAAAUUAGAUCUCAAGCGCUGCGAGAACCUUGAGGUUGUCCCCGAUGAGCUCUUUUGCUUAACCUCAUUACAAGAGUUAUUUUUGAGGGGGACCAAAAUUAAGAGCAUACCUGCAAGCAUCAAACAACAAGCUGCUCAGUUGUCUCGCCUGUUCCUCACCAACUGCAAGAGCCUUGAAUCUUUACCAGAGCUCCCCCCAUUGCUUCAACAUCUUGAAGUAAAAGGUUGCACGUCACUGAAGACAGUGUCAAGUUCAAGCACUGCACUCGCACAAGGUUGGGAAAAAUAUAAAUUUUCUCGAGGGCUUCAUAAGAAACAUAUAUUUUUGGAAUGCCCAGAGUUGGAUGAGAAUGCACGAAGCAACAUAAUGGCUGAUGCACAGCUCAGAAUUAUGCGAAUGGCAACUGCGUCGUCAAAGUUUAAAGAAGACAAAAUUGAAGAACCAUCAUAUGAUUCAGAUGAUAGCUAUGAUGAUGAGUCAUAUGAUUCAUAUGAUAGCUAUGAUGAUGAGGAAUCUUUACACAAGAGAUCUUUUGUUGGCAUUAGAUGUUGUGGGAAUGAAAUUCCAAAUUGGUUCAGCCAUAAAAGUGAGGGAUGUUCAAUAAAGAUUGAGCUUCCUCGUGAUUGGUUUAGCACAGAUUUCUUGGGUUUCGCUCUAUCUCUUGUUGUUGUUGGUGCUUCAAGUCGUCUGGGAAUUGGAUGCAAGUACAACUUCAAAACUAGCAAUGGUGAAAGCCAUGAAGUCAACCAUCCUUGGUGUAGUCCGUUAAUGACUGGAAGCAGAGGAGAUUCACCUGAGGUGUUCGUGUGGUGGUAUAGUGGUUUCUUUGAAGAAGUUGUAGAGGGAGCUCAAAGCCCCACUGCGUUUUACAAACUUGUUACUGAGGUCAAUGUUGACUUCAUCGUAUGGAAUCUUAGCUACGAACCCCUUCUGGAGGCGGAAAAGUGUGGGAUAUGUCUGUUGUAUGGCAAAGAUGCCGAGAUGAUAAAGCAGAGGGCUUUGUAGAUCAAGCCGAUAUGCCAAAAUUCAAAAUUUCAUUUCAUUUGAGCUGUUUGCAAGACUUGUGGCUGAGGAUGCUUUUGAGUUUGUUAGGCUUAGGGAUGUCUUUCUUGUUUUAACCCUUUAUCCUCUCCAUCGCCAAGCUUUUUGGCUAAGCAUGCUUUUGAGUUUAGUAAUUUUCUUCAUUGAAUUCAAGUAUUAAAUUGUUAAUAGUGUCAUUUAAGUAAUUUUGAGACUGGGGGCAUAAAUGAGUAGAUAUUUUUGGAAA